AUGGCGUUUCAUCAGAGGCAUACGCAUGAGAGAUCCGAGGCGUUUAGGCCGUCUUGUACGCACACGACCAUGACUCGGGUCUACGAAAAAGAUUCAGUGUGCUGCUCGUGUCGUCAGUCUGGCCAGUUUGGCUGGCUGUAUCGAUGUACGCAGGAUAUCGAGCAGAUCAUUGAUAUUGGACCUCCAGAAUUAGAUCCCUCAAAUCCCGACUCGAUAAAUGCCAUAGGGACCCGAAAGGGUGACAAAUUGAGCUCUGGCGACAUGACUGUCGAAGAGAUGGCCAAGUACACGCCUGAACACGUUGGGAUCAUCUCUAGACAGCGGAAAGAGGUCAGGAACAUGAUUGCCAGGGAGAAUCUCAAAAGAAGCAGCAACGCCCUCUUCAACACUACUCGCCCACCUCCUGGCUUCGAGUCCUAUACGAACGAUAGCAUAUACGCAGGACAGUGGAGCUGCGGCGAGACGCAAAUCUGCCAGUACAGACCACCUGAGAGUCCUCCAGAUGAUGAUGCUUACUUGAAUGAGUAUCUCCUGCUCAUGCUCGAUAACAAGGUCGCAAGUUUUCGUGAGGAGAGGCCACAGCGACCUCAACGCCGGACAAAAGACGAUUUGUAUACCCUCAAGCCGUCAAGACAUUUCCAAGCUGUCAAGAGUGACUCGGGGAGAAUGAAGACACUGAGUAAUGUACACCAGCGUCAACCAUCCAAAUCCACUUUGGCUUCUAGCCAAAACUACCUUGAGCUCCUACCCAGCAUGGAGGAUAUGCCUACACCUUCUCGACGAAGCGAUCUAACUGAGAGUCCGGCACGGCCUGCGAUAGAGUUGAAUCGACGUGAAUUUAGACGGGCUAGCAGGUUGGGACAGAUGAGGGGCGAGCCACGAGAUGCGAGCGAAAGCUCUUCACUCUUUCACACCAACGACUCGUGGGAUACAGAUGAUCUACUAACUGGAUUCGACGAUGACGCACGCGAGUUCACGCCUGCGCCGUUGAGAGUGGAUCGCGGCGUAAGUGUCACGGAGGAGAGUGUCGAGACUGGAGUGCCCGAUGUCGAUGUGAUAACUCAAGUGUAA